AUGGACUCGUGGGAGCAGCUUUCCAUCAAAGAGAAGCGGCUUAGCGCUCAGCUAGACGACGACAUCAAACUCGUAAUCCUCCCCGAGAAGUUCAAACUCAUAGAGCCGCCCGCUAUUCCAGAAGCGCUUCAACACAACCUGGCGAUUUUCUCAGAGCACGAAGAGCACCUUGAAGCUGAUAUCGCUGCUCAGUUGGAAGCGAUCGAGGAUCAACAAGAAACGGCUGCGCCGCGAAUACCCGAAUUUCUUUGGGAUAAGUUUAUCGACAUUUCUAGCGAUAUAUCUGAAGCUUUACUGGUGGAAUUCCUCUUGGCAAGUGCAGAUUCCCUCGAGCAAGUCAACAAUGAGUAUAUGAAGCAGGACGAACUUCAGCAAGAACUCAGAAAUGCAUCGACUCAGACAAAGAAAUGGAUAAGUUUCAUCUCAGCAAUUUGGGCUCACAAGAAAAUGCUGUUAUGUUCUCCAGUGAUUUGA